UAGCGCCCCCGGGAGCGGGUGAGGUGCAGAUCGGCCAACAAACGGCCUUGCUUUGUCGCGUCAUUACUAGGCCCGACCAAAACAGCUCCGUCAAGAAAUGGGCUUGUGGCCUAUUAACGUUCGUUUUCCCGCCUCGAAAGGCUUUGAUACGGUGAACCGAACCGAAAAUGCAUAUUUACCUACAGGUGUAGCAGCAUCGUAGAAACCCAAGAUAUCUGCCCAACUACACACAUACACACAUACACACACAUACCUAUGUAAACUGGAAGAAUAGCCUACCGACCGCAACCUCACAUCGCAUUGCACGCUCACCACCACCAACAUAAUGGCCAUUCCACUAACCCGCGUGGGAGACGGAGCCUUCAACCACCGCCCCAGCCUCGACGCCGAGGCCGAAUAUGACCGGCUACGGGACCUGGCUCGGGCGGAGGCCGAGAAGCGAAACAACUGUUUCGAAAGGUCGAAGCAGGCGUACGAGCGGGGCAACGGCGCGGAGGCCAAGGAGCUGAGCAACGAGGGCAAGGCGCACGCGGCCAAGAUGGCCGAGUACAACCAGCAGGCGAGCGAGUACAUCUUCCGCGAGAACAACGCGACCAGCCGCGUCCCCGACGACACCAUCGACCUGCACGGCCAGUUCGUCGAGGAGGCCAAGGACAUCCUCGAGCGCCGCAUCCGCUACGCCCAGAAGCACGGGCAGACCCAUCUGCAUGUCAUCGUCGGCAAGGGCAACCACAGCGAGAACCACGUGCAGAAGCUGAAGCCGCGCGUGGAGGAAGUGUGCCGCGAGCUCGGGCUGCAGUUCGCGACGGAGGAGAACACGGGCCGCAUCUACGUCAACCUCCAAGGCGGCGAAGCCGUCAUGCCCCCGCCCCCAACGAUCCCCCACCAGCAGCAGCAGCAGCACCACGGUGGCCAUGCCAGCGGUGGGCGGCCGCAGCAGCAGCAUCACCAGCAGCAGCAGCAGCAGGAUAACGAGCCCGAGGACUUGUUGUCGAAGGUUGUGCGGAAGAUUGCGGAUUGCUGUGUUGUCAUGUAAAGCGGGAACUGGGAUGGCUAUAUGAGGAUGGGGGCCGGGGUCGGGGUCGGGAUCGGGACCUCCCCCUUUGAAUGUACGGGCGGGACACGGAAAGGGAAAGGGAAAGGGAACGAAAGGAAAGGAAAGGGUGGAAAUUUUUUCUUCUUACAUACGUGACACGAGAUGGUCUUGGGUUUACGGCGGUAUCAUGAAAUUGGAACGUCCGGAUAUUGUGGUGAAUUUUUUUCUUCUUCUUCUUCUUCUUCUUGGGAAGGUGAAAGGGCCCAUGUUGGAAAUAAGGGGGGAGAGGGGGAUAUGAAAGAUGCUUGCUUGGGUAUCUACGUACCUAUCUAAGGUACAAGACAUAACGUCAAUGAAUGUGAAAUUGAAAUAUGAUUUUCUCUUUAUUAAGAAA